CGCACGCGCAUUAGAUCGUAGUUGUCGUCCACACGACUCCUCCAGCAAGUCGCCCCCAUCCUCACUGCCACCUGUUCUCCCUCCCAUUGCGAUUCUUGCCGCCACCACGCGUCUGGGCCUGCAUGCGUGUAUGAGCAUGGCUUGGUGGCAUCGUCUGCUAACUGGCCUUCCAGUUGAACCGCAAACGUCCGGCGCGGGAGGUGGCUCCUCCGUAAAGAGGACAGAUGGCGCCUUGAGCACGAGGACACGCGCACGACUUUAAGUCUGUGAAACAAUAGGCCUCUUUCGGCUUUUACUUCAGACCGUUGAGAUGAGAUGAACACGAGGCUGAGAAUUAUCAGGACAGUUGUUCGCCUUCAAAAAAAUUUAUCAAAAAAUAAUUGUGGAAUUAUUUUAUUUUUCUUCGGAAAAAAGUUUGAUUUUUUCGCUUGCUGUGUAAGAUGUUAAAGUGCAAUUACUCACAUAGGAAAUGAUGGAAAAGAGUGGGCCAGACUGAAGAGGAUCCAUUUUCUUGUGUGAAUACCAACGUUACUUGUAGCAGGGUGUGUAAAACAUUGAGGUCGCUUGUGAUUAUGUUUCGGAUAGAGAUUUUUAUUCAUUUUGUCCUCCCAAAAAUAACUUUGACUUUUUGAGACAAGUAGUUUUGAUGUACUUCUAAUAAGAACAUAUCCUAAAAAAAAGCACAACACAAGAAUUAAACACGCGCAAGUACAUAGAAGAAAAUAAAGACUUUGCCUAAGAGUAAAACGUUAGUAACAAAUUAACCUUUACGACCUCCUCUAAUUUGAGAGUUUUUGGUGAGCACUAUACGAACCUUCUUGUGAAGUUAAGGACACAGUUCGUGAUGAAACUUUGAGUGCUUCAAGGAUGAGACAAUUUUUGACAUUUUAAAGAUUUUGAACAUGUGCCAGUACGGAGAGGUCCACAGCCAGUGUGAUUAGCCAGUGAAAGUUGGGAACUUUGAGUUCCCCAACAAUCAUUUCAUCAUGUGGAACGAUCUUCACUCUGACUACUUUGCCACUCACAGUCUCAGUGCCCUUCACUCGCGUUCUUUCCAUCUGAACGAAGACAUCGUGAACGCCGCCAACCAUUCGCUCACGUCACGUAAUCUUCACGUAGAUGAUGACGUAGAGAGCGACGCCAGCAACGGCAUCAGCACGGCGGGGGACAACAGCACUGACUAUUACUACGACUACGACGAUUCGGUGGGCAGUCUACCCGUUAACGAGAUGGUGGUGAAUGGGGUCGGGUACGGGUUGGUGUUGCUGAUGGGCUUGGCCGGAAACAUACUGGUCAUCGUGUCCGUGGCCAGGUAUCGGCGGAUGCACAACAUCACCAACAUCUUUCUCUUGUCCCUCGCCACCGCGGAUCUCCUCCUCGUCUGUGUGUGCGUGCCGGUCAAGUUUGCUCGCUUCUUCACUUUUACCUGGCGUUUGGGCGAGGUGAUGUGCAAAGGUGUUCAUUACCUGCAGAACGUCUCCAUCAUCUGUUCUGUGCUCAAUCUUACCGGUCUUAGUCUGGAAAGGUACUACGCUAUCAUGUACCCCAUGAAAGCUCGGUACAUGUGCACUGUUAAGCUGGCCAGACGGUCUGUGAUUGGGAUUUGGAUCCUCAGCCUCGUUAUGGCGCUCCCGAUUAUUGUUGGACAGGGUCACUUCUUGGUCGGCGGGUCACGGAAGGGCUACUGGUGCAUGGAGAGAUGGCCGGACCUCGUCUACCAGCAGCUCUACCAGCUUUACAUGCUUCUGAUCGUCUACGUCCUGCCCCUGACCUUCAUGACCUGCACGUACGUCAGCAUUUGCCGGAGGUUGUGGCAGGUCCGCUACCAACGAGCAUCGAUCCGUGCAGGCCACUCGUGCUCCGUACGAAGCAGCCACAACCUUCUCCCUAUUCUAAUGACGUCCCCGCCGUCAUCUUCCGGUGACGCAUGCGCUCAGCGGGGUGAAUUUCGUCUGCUCGUUCGUCAGACAAACACAGGAGUGAGGUGUAAGCGAGGCACGCAGAGCGAGGAUGCUACGAGAAAACAGGUCGUGAAGAUGCUGGUGGCGGUGGUGGCUUUGUUCGCGCUGUGUUGGGGUCCGAUCAUCGUCAACAACGUUCUCGUGGCCUUUGGGCUGCUGGAGGAGCUGCACCUGGGCUCCCUCAAACCCAUGCGACAGGCGUUCUGGCUGCUGGCCUACCUCAACAGCUGCCUCAACCCCAUCGUGUACGGCUUUAUGUCCAAGAACUUCCGAGAGUCCUUCCGGAACACGGUCUGGCAAUGUGUUCUGCGGAAGACACCGGCCAGUGAUCAGACCAAUGGGAUCUACUGGCGGUGCUUGUUUCAGCAAGUUCCCUCAGGCGUGUCUCUCAGCGUCCACUCGCCAUCAGUGUUCAGCGACAACGGCCGCUACCUGACCCCUCCUUCUCUCUCCAUGCACCGCCUUAGUACACAGAGUACAACCAGCGCACUUGCAGCACCCAGACCCUCCCCAUCCCCGUCCCUCCUGCUGACCAAGGUCAGUUGCUAUGACGCCGACUCCUUUGCUGUCGAGAUGGAGCAAAAGGAAGAAUGAAUAGACUGGUGCAGACAGAGAGCAGUCACGUGACUUGGACAUGGGAGGUGAACUUACACUCGACGGUCGUGUGUGUAUAAACUUUAACUGUGAUGUGGACGUUUAUCGGAAGGAUAUUUUUGAAAAAAGAGACAUUUGGAAAAAAGGAAGAACGAAAGUAAAGAAAGAACAAAAGAAAAAAGAAUGAAUGACAGAAGGAAGGUUUAAUGGGGAAAUAAUGACUUAAAUAAUGAAGGAAAAAAAUCAACGUGUGUGUGUGUGUGGUUAUUGUGAUUUCUUCCUUCCUUCUUCAGUCAUUAAGAAAAGAGGAAGAAGAAAAAAGAAUGAGGAAGGUGUAAUGGAGAAAUAAUGACUUAAAGAAUGAAGGAAGGAAACGUAAUGACCACACACGCACACACACUCUACAGAGAGAGAGACAGAGAGAGAGACAGAGAGAGAGACAGAGAGAGACAGAGAGAGAAAGAUAUUGGCUGACACUACUGACACGAUGUCGGAGCACAUUCUCUGUAUGUUUUCAGUCUUGUGAACUCUCGACGAUGUCUCAGAACCAAAGCUUUGGCAGAUAAAUGAUCAAAUGAUUAACCAUGGAAAAAUUCUGUGUCAAGACCUGAAACAUUUUGUUUUUGUUACAUCAAAUUGUGAAACAAUAUAUUUCCUUCUAAUAUUCUUUGUGAUUGUGUGGUUGCAGACUUUUCAUUUCAGAAUGGCUAAGGGUGUUUGAUGGAGGAUCUGUAUAUCUGGCAGGUCUCAGCGUGAUUUCUUUCUUUCUGUAUUUUCUCUCACUUUUCUUUUGAGUUUCCUACUUGCCGAAAGAAACCUCCAGAACAUCCCACACAUUUUCUUACUACACAAAAGACCAUGCAGCUCUUCAUGUGAAGACCAUAAAGGACCUCUUCCUGUUUCAAAUAAGUAGUGGACUCCAUCGUCAUCACUUCCCGGUUUCCUCAGACUGUAAUCAAUAAGAGAAAUGCCAAUUAGUAUCAAAAUAAAAGACAGAUGUGUCAAAAAAUGGAUUGUCUAUUGUAAGCACAUGUUUUUGUAUUUCUUUCGUGAGUUCUUGACAACCUCAUCCAUCAUUGCCUCUGGUCUGUUGAUGAUCUCACCGGGGCUAGCGAGAAAGGGGGAGAUGUUUUGUGAUACACACAGACGUGGCAGAUGAUACGACCAAGAAGGCAGAAAAUAGAACCCGAGCAUCGGGAUGUAGCCUCCAGGUCGUGGACAAGACACGAAAUGGACAAAUCACUAAAUUCCUCCUCCCGUCCGACUGAUCAAAGCCGCCCGUCAGUCGAGGCUAAGUCGCCGGCCUCCUGGCCACGGUGGACCACUCUGUCUGCAGGCACGAACAUCACAUGUUUAUGUUUGUCGUCUAAACAGCAAAAAUAAGAACCAGAAAAUUAAAAAAAAAAGUUAUGAUGCACUUUUUGCUGUAUAGUGUAAUUAUUAUGUACUUUAUGUGGUGUACAUCCGAUGUAAAGCAAAACAUAAACAAAACAACAAAUAAAACACCUACAUAAUAAAA